GAUUUUGAGCCAUCACCGUUGCAUUUAAUACACCCUCUCGACACAAAUUUGCUUUGAGUCAAUGUUCAACAUCGAGAGGCAUUUGUCCCGCGAUCUGUGAAGCGUUGUCUUGACGAUCCAAUGACACCGUCACAAACUCACUGGCAUUUUCUUCCCCACCACACCGAGGCCAAGGGCUAUCUUCCAUCACAUCACUCAUGGCAGGGACGAGUGCACAUCCACGAGGCGAGUUGCCAGUACAGUGGUAUGUACUUUAGGUGUGAUGAGAACUUUCUCUUUGGUUGGGUCGGUUUCUUGGCCCCUAUCACGGUUGGAAUGCUACCUAUUUCACAAUGGCCAUCCACGAUCGAUCUCAUCUCCUCCUUCACCUCUCAUCCCCAUCCCGCGGCCAGACCAAAGCAGUCUCCCCGUGCAACUGCAGGACUGUCGGUAUGGCUGUUGUUGACGGUUGACGGUCACCUUGGGAACGUUGUGCUGCCUAAUACAAAGAUUACUGCUCCUUUUCUAUCUUCUGUCAGAUUCAAGGACUUUCUGCCACGUCCGUGGACCGGUAAUACAACAAGUCGAGGCAACCAAGAUUUUACAUCUGUCAUGGACUGUAGCCCAAUGGCUUGCCUUGGCCACACGGGUCUCUCAGAGUGGCCAACUGUUUACCUAAAAGUUACUGACUGCUCUGGGAAUGAGCAUUGUGCCGUCAUCAAGCGGCGGCCACGACAGUGUACUCAGUGGCUGUCUACUUGUCACGAAUGACAAUCUAUACCAAAAAAUGAUAGCUUGGAGAGGCUGUUGUACCCAGGAUCGCGCGAGUGGAUUCGGAAGUACCCCGUUCACCAUUCGAUACGCCGACCUUUACAUCAUCUGGGCUCUCCUCAGCUACUCGAGUCCAAACAGGCAGGAGCUCGCGGCUAAGUACCUUGGGGCCUGUUAAAAUUACGUUUGUCCCUGUGCUCUACCUUGCUCUUCCUGGGAUGUAAGUCAUCAACUCUGGCACGAGGCUCGGACAGCCUCGAGCUGAGUAUGACAC